GUCUCUUUCGUUUCUCUGCAAUUCCAAUUCUGGGCAUGUAAUUCGAAGAUUUUUCCCUCUUUUUCAAUCGUCUUUUGUCAAAGUUGAAGACUUUGUUCGUUUUGAAUCCGUCCGCUAGUAGAAUCUUCUUCUUUGAAUCGCUUUCAUAUCUCUGCUUUACGGGUUUUCACACUUUUGCCUGCAAUGUCUAAGCUUCCAAGCACAUGCCUUUGACUAACUUUUCCCGGUAAAGGAUUUGCCUUUACUUCUUUUUUCCUGGCACGAGAAAAUGGGUUCAACUGAUGAGAUUGAGAAAUCUAAGACUAGGGUUUCAUGUCCUCCUGCUCUCUCAACAUCUCAUAAGAUUCUUAUCAGUGAAGAGAAACCUAGGAGAUGGUCGGAGAGUUCGUUGCCUGAUGUAUCUAAUAGUAACAGGAUUAAGCUUUUGAAAUUUGGUUCCGCUUCUGCUAGAUUCAAGAGAAUGACAGAGGAAAGAAAUGAGGUUUCACGCUCUGUCAACAGCUCAAGCUCAAGCAACCACAAUUUCCGGGAAAGAAUCAGUCUGGUGUUUUCCCGGAAAAUUGAGUGGGCUUGCUUGAUGAAAAUGGGUAAGCAAUGGCUACAAAACCCGUUGAACAUGGUUCUUUUCUUGUGGAUACUUGUGGUUGCUGUCUCUGGUGCGAUUCUGUUCAUGGUUAUGACCGGUAUGUUGAACCAUGCUUUGCCCAAGAAAUCACAGAGAGAUGUUUGGUUUGAAGUUAACAACCAAAUCCUCAACGCAAUGUUUACUCUCAUGUGUUUGUAUCAACACCCAAAACGGUUUUACCACCUUGUGCUUCUCUGUAGAUGGAGGCAAGACGAUGUUACAACGCUUAGGAAGAUUUACUGCGAGAACGGGAUUUACAAGCCAAACGAAUGGAUCCACAUGAUGGUUGUUGUUCUUUUGCUUCACUUGAACUGUUUUGCUCAGUAUGCGCUUUGCGGUCUUAACUUAGGGUAUAGAAGGUCCGAGAGACCCGCCAUUGGUGUAGCUAUAUGUAUAUCUAUUGCAAUAGCAGCUCCUGCGAGUGCGGGUUUGUACACUAUUCUUAGUCCACUUGGGAAAGAUUAUGAUCCUCAAGGAGAUGAGGAGAAUCAAGUGCAGCCUGUGGAAGAAAGAUCGGUUAGUAACCGCAAGUUAUCUCUUGAAAGGAAAUAUUCGUUUGCUUCUACAGAUGUGAGUAAUCCUGAAUGGAGAGGUGGAAUUCUUGAUAUAUGGGAAGAUAUUUCAUUGGCUUAUCUCUCUCUGUUCUGCACUUUCUGUGUGUUUGGUUGGAACAUGGAGAGGAUUGGGUUUGGGAACAUGUAUGUGCACAUUGCGACUUUUAUUCUCUUCUGUUUGGCUCCUUUCUUUAUAUUCAACUUGGCUGCUAUAAACAUCGAUAACGAGAUGGUAAGAGCAUCUCCAAUGGAUGUAUUUUAGGGUUCUCUUCUAAGUUUCUCUUGAAAAAAAUGCUGAAAAAUAAAUCAAAACUCUGAAU